AUGAUUACAGAAGAAGAAACCGUUUCAUAACAAAGCGUCACAUCCUCUGACCGCUGCUAAAGGUAACCAAUUUUUCCUGCCUAUAUAUUACAUACCGUUUAUUUUAAUUCACAAUAUAAAUACACGCUUACAUCAAAUAAUAGAAUUGCUCAUUACGAUGAUUUAUGAUGUGACAUGUCGAAAUGUCAGGGCUGCGGGGAUACUGUAUUUACCUCUGAAGGGAACCGGCCAGCAGGCUACAUAACUAGCAUGAAUGCUUUUUUUUAAAGACUUUUAUUUUGAAAGUUUUGAUGAAGCAAUUUUAUAUACUUGUCUGCAAAAAAAGAAAACCCUCUUAACGUUGCAGCGAGAAGCCCCGGAAUGCAUAAAAUGUUAAGUAACGUGUUAGGUAAGGGCGCUAAAAUUAGUAUCUGAUCUGCAGCUCCUGUUUCAGGUGAAGAGAGAGGGUGGAGAAACCCAGGUUCUGACCCAAAACCACUUUACAAAGAGUUGCUUUGUAUCUGGACUAGAUAAUCUAGGAGAGUUUACAGAGCUGUAAAACACUGCUGUUUAUACAUUUAUUUGGUUGCAGCGGCAGAGAUAAUGGAGGUAUGUGUACUAUGACAUGAUAAUAGACUGAUUUUAGUUCAGUUUAUGGAAAAUUAAAGUCUACAGAUCUAAAGUAAUAACAGAGCAGUAAGAGCAGUCAUAUUAAAGACAUUGAGGAAUGUAAUGAGGGUUUGAAUGAGGACAACUGAAGCAGACAGAGCCAGAAAGUUCUAUGAUUAACAUUAACUUAAUAACUGUGGCUGGCUGCUGCCAAUAUAUUAAAGGUUUAAACAGCAUUGAUAAUGGAGAGACUGAUGCUUGGAAAUAAAUGUGUUGAGCUGAUUAGUGAUGGGCAUGGCAGUUCUUUUAGAUGUACUGAGUCACUAGAAUCAGCUCACUAAAAAGAUUCGUUCAAAAGAUUUGUUCAUGGAAUCACCGACUCGUGUAGCGCUUGGCAGGAGGAGCCUGUGACUCUGACCUUCUGGACUGAUACACAGCUGAACGUUUCAGGAUUCAGUUCAAUUCAUAGCUUCUGGGACUGGGAGACCAGAGUGUUUGGCUGUGUUGCUUUGGCAAACAGGUUUGUAAAAAUGAACUCGUUUAUAACUCAUGAUGUUUUAAGUGUACUGUCCUAUAGUAUGUUAUUUAUCAAGUCUGCUCUGUAAAUUGGACUCAGUGAGUGACUCGUUCAGUGAACCUUUAGAAGAAUUCACACUGAACAUGUACCGUUCCCUCACAAACCGCUGCGAUGAUCAGCAGGGCAUCUGCAGCAAUCCAGAGGAUCCUUCAGGAAGAUGGGGUUCAGAUACUCAAAGAAAAGACUGUGGUUCCUGCGUUUAGGGCCAAAACACUGAAAACUGUCCCAUCUGGAUUCUUGUGGGGAAACAGUUUUUAAGGAAAAGCUCAGCAGAGGCAAAAAAAAAAAAAAAAUGACCGUGAUCACAGCUUUGUGUUGGAUAAAAUACUAAAUUAACUAUAUUUUUCUGUAAAAUAUUGUUGGAAAAAAUAGUCAAAGGGAUCUCAUAAUCUCAGCAUUUGAACAUUUUCGUGGGUUAAAAUGACCAGAUUUUUCAUUAUGGAGAUGUAUAAUAAAGGUUUUAAGCAAUAACUCAGGACACGUUGUGAUACUAGAGAUGCUCCUAAGUGACUUAUGUACCUGUUGAUUUAACAGAAGUUUAAAUUCUGUCUGACUGUUAAGUAAAAAGCAGGAAAAGCUUCAAGAAACUGCCACUGAGCUUAAUUUAACACUGAAAUUAACACCGUCCUAAACAUUAUGGGGUGUAGUCUGUUCUAAUGUUAUUGAGACAGUUUAUCACCUUUUCAUUAACAAAAUCAACAGCUUUCAUGUGCAAAACAAACACAACUACAAAGUUUUAUUUUUCUCUGUUCCCAGUUUUCUCUUAUGUAUUUCUGGCCCUUUCCUCUAAAAGAAAGAUAUGAAAAGUCCCAAAUAUAACCUUUAAAAUAACGAAAAAUAAAGAAAUUCACAUAUUCAGCUGUGCAGAAAAAAAGCCUCUCUGAGCCUGUGAUUUAUAUCAUCACUGGGAAGAGGUUAACAUCUGGGUUCCACCAGUGUUAAAGCAAGUAAAUCAUGUUACAAGAGGCUUUGGACAAAUUGCAACACUACCCAGUAUGCCAGUAUAAUAAGAGUUAUUAUCAUCAUGAUUUUGUCAAAAGUUCUACUACAUUGAAGGUCAUAGGUAUAGCUUUGUUGUUCUGGUUGUUAAAAAGGUCUUUCUGGUCUGUUUGGCUCAUUAAAAAUCAAGAGGAAGCUCCAGAAACUCCCUCUGGCUAUACAUAAUGGGAGGAAGAUACCAUUGUUAAGCAUGACAUUCAUUUGAAGAGUGGAACGUACGUUUUAACUACAACACCCGUGAUGGUUUGGCAUCAUACCCUGAUAGAAGCACAUGACCGGCCAUGCUUCCCUCCUGAUCCUACAGAUCUCAACACAGCUUUUUGAUUCACAUUAGAACUGGGCAUGUGUGGAGCUUGACUCAGCUUAUUCUAAUAAAACUGAUAGGACCUUCACUUAAGAUGGAAAAUUAGAGCAGAAGUGGUUUGGUAAUGAAAGUUGUAAGACCCAGUUACUAUAGUAAAAUGUGAGAAUGAAAAAAUGAAAUGAAGAAGACAAGCAGGUCCACGUUCAAGAAGCACAAAAGUAGUCAAGAACUUAAUACGAUUUAAAACAGCAAAUAAAUAUCACUAAAUAUCUCACUAAUUUCAGAAAAAUGAACACCAGGAAUUCAACAUAAAAGGAACUAACAUUAAUGAGAGGAAAUACAUUCAAUAUAAAUUUUAAUUCUGCGGUUUAAUUCUGUUACCAUGGAGGAGGCAGAGAUUAUGACCUAUACGCAGCCAGUCAGCGGGAGUAGCUAGAGCUGAAACUAGAUUUCAAUUUUGAUAGUGAUUUUGGGCCCCACUAUCAUAAAAAUAGGAUCUGAACGACUGAAUGAUAUUGUGCUGCAAACUAUCAGGCAGCCUCAGGAGGAGAGGGGAGAGCAGGGAGAGGAGGAGGCAAAUGUGUUUAUUGUGUGUCUGAAACAGAGUGGGGUGAGUUGGUUUAUUCAGUAUAAUAUUGACGGUCUAGCGUGGUCGUCACACUAUUUUCUUCUUCUCUGUACAGGUGAUUAGGACUCGGCCUUCAUGCUGCGCUUGAUUGCAUCCUCCUUGUGUCUGAGGUGUCAGCGUGCUCCGGCUUUACCGCUAAAGCUGCGACCAUGUGUGACACUGAGCUCAGCGGAGAACCAGCAGACGGUGGAGGCUCUCUAUGACCUCUCAGUGGACAUCCAGAAGGUCAGGAAGCUGAAUGGCUGGGUCCUGCAUCAAAACCCUGCCUACACUAAGGAGGUGGCCAACCUGCUGAGGGACAUGGGGGCAUCUGGUUCCGUCAUUGCCCGAAUACUGUCAGUCCACCCUGAGUCUGUCCUUUGUCACCCAGAGCAGAUGCAAGCUCAAAGGGAACUGUGGAUGUCCGUGUGCCCAAACCAGAAAGAGCUGGUCAGUAUCAUCGAGAAAUUCCCCGCCUCCUUCUUCACCUCCUCCAGUCACCAUGACAACCAGCGGGAUAACAUUGCGUACUUCCAGAGUUUGCACCUCAACAAACGUAUCGUCACCAAGCUAAUGGCGAGUGCCCCGCAGAGCUUUAGCCGGCCAGUGGAGCAGAACCAGCUGAUGAUGCAGACCCUGCAGCAGGCCUACAGGGAGCUGGGUGGCGAGGAGGCCAACAUGAAGAUCUGGCUCCAGAAGCUGCUGAGUCAGAACCUGUUUGUUCUCCUGAAGCCGCCGGAGGUGCUGAGAGAGAACUUGCUUUUCCUCAGAGAUCGUGGCUUCAGCACGGCCGAGCUGCUCCGCCUUCUCUCCAAACUCAGGGGCUUUGUCACCGAGCUGAACCCCGACAGCAUGAGACACAUGAUGGCGUUCUCUCAGGAAACAAUGGGGUGCUCGGAGGAGGAGUUGCGGAACACUGUGCUCAGAUGUCCCGCUCUGCUGUAUUACACAGAGGAGAUCCUGUCUGAGCGCUUUAAGGGCCUCCUCAGUGCAGGAAUCAGCAUGGCCCAGAUCAUGGAGACGCCCACCGUUCUGGAGCUGACCACGCAGAUUGUGAACUACAGGAUCCAGAGACUGAAGGCCUAUGGUUAUGAUGUAAGGACAGGAAGUCUACAGGUUUUAAACGGCACAAAGAAGGACUUUGAAAUGAGCUGUGGAAAGCUUCAGAUCAGGAGAGAGAGGCCGCUGUUUAACCCUGUCGCUCCAUUAAGAGGAGACGACUGACAGAGACCGAAAAGACUUAUGUGGUGAAUAAAACUAAAACUGGACUUGAAAUGUUUCUCUGAUUAUUUAUAAUUGAAAUAAAACACAAAAAGUGUUUGUUAGGAGUGUCUGCAGUAUUCAAGUGUCAUGAAAAGAAACCACAUUGGGUCCCACAACCCCCUCCGCUGUAGGUGUGG